AUGUGGUGGGUCCUUCUCCUCUUGCUGUGGCUGAGCCCUGUGGCCCCAAACCAAAAGACAGGCAGUUGUUCCCAGCCCCAGCCUCUCUGCUGCCUUGGAACAGAUAACAACUGCAAGAGGGGAAGCUGCUACUGUGAUGAAUUCUGCCACAUGGUACCAGACUGCUGCCCAGAUCACAGUGCCCUCUGCAAACCAGGUUACUCUCAUGCAGGUUCAUUUCCCCCCAUGGCAGAGCUAGAUACUACCAAAAUGGUGCUGCAGAUGGUGCUGAGGAUGGACAGCCCACCCAGCCCUGCUAGAAGCAAUCUAGAUUGGGUGCAGAGCAUGGUUCAUCAGCUUCUCCAAACCUGCCUCCUGGGAAGGCCAUUCUCCAUAGCUGUGAAGGGAAUUCAAAAGAAGGCCUGA